GUAGCGUUGCUAUAUUACAAUUUUGCCACAACAGUUGAUCUCGAGGUUGAACGUUACUGGUCAGGUUCUCGAUCCUGGGCAUCCGUCUUCUUCUUCAUCAACAGAUACACCGCCGUGCUUGCUCAUAUACCCGUUGUUUAUGAAUUCUUUGGCCUGAUGCCAGAAUCAUGGACAAUCACGUCGGUACAUCUCUCGCAGGAACCCGUCCCACAAGAUAUGAUUGCGCAGCCGGGAUGCGAUCUCACUGUGUCGAUAAACCAGUCAGCAAACUCCACCAUAUUUCUUGCCGUGGCAUGGGGUGUCAUGCUCGUACUCGAUGCAACGGUCUUUACCAUCACAUUCUUCCAAGCUAUCCAUAUGGACCGAUUAUGGAGCCAUAGCUUGGCGCAUCGCAUGUUGAUAGACGGU